UCGUGGUACGCCGUGACGGAGACCUGCCUGGCCUUCACCGUCUUCAGGGAUGACUUCAGCCCUCGCUUCGUCGCCCUCUUCACCCUCCUCCUCUUCCUCAAGUGCUUCCACUGGUUGGCUGAAGACCGGGUGGACUUUAUGGAAAGGAGCCCAAACAUCUCCUGGCUCUUCCACUUCCGUAUCGUCUCCCUGAUGUUUCUCCUGGGAAUCCUGGAUUUCCUCUUCGUUAACCACGCGUACCACAGCAUCCUCACGCGAGGAGCCUCCGUCCAGCUCGUUUUUGGCUUUGAGUACGCCAUCCUUAUGACCAUGGUCCUCACCAUCUUCAUCAAGUACGUGCUACACUCCAUCGACCUGCAGAAUGAGAACCCUUGGGACAGCAAAGCUGUCUACAUGCUGUACACGGAGCUCUUCACGGGCUUCAUCAAAGUCCUCCUCUACAUGGCCUUCAUGACCAUCAUGAUCAAAGUCCACACCUUCCCGCUCUUCGCCAUCCGCCCCAUGUACCUGGCGAUGAGGCAGUUUAAGAAAGCGGUGACAGACGCCAUCAUGUCCCGCCGGGCCAUCCGCAACAUGAACACGCUCUACCCCGACGCCACGCCGGAAGAGCUGCAGGCCAUGGACAACGUCUGCAUCAUCUGCCGCGAGGAGAUGGUGACGGGCGCCAAGCGUUUGCCUUGCAACCACAUCUUCCACACCAGCUGCCGGCGGUCGUGGUUCCAGCGCCAGCAGACGUGUCCCACCUGCCGCAUGGACAUUCUCCGGGCUUCCCUCCCGGCACAGCCGCCUCCCGAACCACCGGAGCAAGCUCCGCCGCCUCCGCAACCCCCCCAAGUUCCCCAGCCCCCCAACU